AUGAAAAAGCUCCUCCUUUUCCUUGUCUUGGCUCUCAUCCUUCUCGUGAUAGGAGUGAACGCCAAAUCUGAGUGGGUGUAUCCAGGAUAUGGCUACAGGUAUCGUUAUGCCUACACGUAUCCUUAUUCGUAUGGUUACAGCUAUGCCUUUCCCUAUACUUAUGGAUAUUCCUAUCCUUAUUAUUAUGGAUAUUCGUAUCCUUAUGCCUACACCUAUGCCUACCCAUACGCUUACACCUAUCCAUAUUCUUUUGGAUAUAGUUAUGCUUAUCCUUAUUAUUAUGGAUAUUCGUAUCCUUAUGCUGCUUAUUCGUAUCGAUAUGCUUACAUGUGGUAA